CAGCGCAAGCAGACUGGCAACCGAGUGAUCAAGCCGAAGAAAGCAGCUCUGAUCAAGCAGAACACGAUGAAGAAGAAGCACUCGAGCGGCCUCUCCACAUUGACCGAAAAGACACUCGCGACGAAAGCUGGACAUCUAGAGCUUCUGAGAGGAGGCAAGAAGGACAGGCAGGCAGCAGAGGCAGCAAAGGCUGCGAAGGCGAAGAAGUGA